UCCUUUCAGUUCUCUCUGUUUCUCUCUCUUUCUUCUGUGACAUGUGAUGGCCUCUCUCUUCCACAAUUCAGCUCACUGGACCAAAUCACUCAAAUCCAGAAAAGGAACACAAAUAAUUCUUUCUUUGUGAACAUUUUUGGAUACAUUUUUCAAGUUGUUCUGCUACAGACCUGUUAAGAUUUUCCCACCAUUUUUCUAGUGUACUGGUGUGUCUAUAGUUUUCUUAUUGUAUGAGUGUGUGGAGAGGAGAGUGAAAGAAUGGACCUUGUCUGGAUAACAGUGGCUUUUUUUCUCUUUUACAGGUGUUUGGAGUGCUCAGGAACUGCUAAAGAAUGGACAUAUGCAGGUGCUGUGGGACAGCCAGAAUGGACUGAGUUCUUUCCUGACUGUGGUGGUUCUAGUCAGUCACCCAUAAAUGUGGACACAUUGCAAACACUGUAUGAUCCAACGCUAAUCCCCGUGCAGCCCCUGGGAUACAACCAUUAUGGGAAGAGGCCAUUCACCCUCUACAAUAAUGGCCAUACAGUGCAGAUGACAUUGCCACAUUGGAUGAGCGUGGUUGGGUUGCCAUGGCAUUAUAGUGCUGUACAGCUACACCUGCACUGGGGUAGUGAAGUGGGAGUGGCUACAGGAAGUGAACACACCAUUAAUGGACAGAGCACUGCAGCAGAGCUCCAUAUUGUCCAUUACAAUACAGAGAUUUAUGCUAAUAUGUCAGAAGCUAAGACCCAGGAGAAUGGCCUGGCUGUGUUGGCAAUCCUAAUUGAGGCAGGCGAGGAGAUUAAUCAAGGAUAUGGCAGUAUUCUUAACUAUCUGGGCCACAUCAGAUAUGCAGGCCAGAAGGUGGCUAUACCUGCAUUUGAUAUAAAGUUGCUGCUGCCUGACAACCUCAGCCAAUAUUUCCGCUAUAACGGCUCGCUCACCACUCCUCCCUGCCACCAGAGUGUCCUCUGGACUAUCUUCAAUGAAAGAGUUAAAAUCUCUCACUCACAGCUGAUGAAAUUGCAAACAGUGUUGUACUCCAGUAAAGAAGAAGAGGCAGAGCCCAUGGCUCUCCAGGAUAACUACCGCACCACCCAGCCACUCAAUCACAGAACUGUCCUGUCCUCUUUCAUUCCGGUCUCAGUUAAAAUUUAUACUGCAGGUGAAAUCGCAGCUAUUGUGAUCGGAUCUCUGUGUGGGUGUAUAGGCUUGGCUGUUAUCAUCUGCUUUAUUGUGAAAACUAUUCGCUUAACGUCCAGCUGGGAUGUCUUGCCAAGUAUCCGACCUGCUCCCCAGCCCAGAUCGCAAGAUAUGGCAAAAGAACGCAAAGAGGAUAUGGCUUUAAAGACGACCACUAACCCAACAAAACCAGAGGAAGCUGCCCCUCAACCUGAAACUUGAUUCUAAACAUUCCAUGUGUAUCUUGGUAUUUUUGUCUUGUGAAAGAAAAUAUCUAAAUUUAACUGGUGUCUUCUACUCAUUUCUCAGUAAAAGAUCAAGUAAUUUUGAACCCCCUUCCUUCAUUUGCACGUUUUUUUCUCACUGUUACAUCAUGGUUUAUCUGAGGGCUUCUGUUUGGCUCUCAGUGUGUGUGUGUGGUUUUCAUGCUUUGCAUUUUCUUCACUACAUCUAUAUCAGUUAGUCUUUCUAAAAUUACCUCUUAUGACUGAGAGUUUUAUUGAACAUACUAUAAAUGAAUUAGUAAAUUACUGAAAUUAUAUCAUGAUUGUUCCUUGUGAUUAAAUGCUGUGAUUCUACUAUUGUAGGCAGAUAUAUGGAACAUUAUUAAAAAUGUACACUGAAAAUAAAAUGUUUUCCCAGUCAUAUUAUUUGUAAUC